ACAAUGAAACGAGAGCGAAAGCGGAAAAAGAAACAAGACAUUGAGUGUGCGCCUAGGAUGAGUGGUGGAUAUCCAACAAAGAUAAGAAAGAAAGACUAAAUUCGCAGAAUGUGCAAGCGAUUUGGACAACAUUUUGUGUAACAAUACAUGAGUGUUCCAAGUUUGAAUCACUUCCAUUGAGACAAAUGUCUUCGCACUUUGAGGCCAGAACAGCCUCUAUAGAGGCGAACCAGCCAGAGAUAUGUAUAAACAGCGAAAAUCGGCAAAAACUGGACACGUCAGGCGGCCGCGAAGACCUCCGCGGAUGUGCACCUGGACCAGAUAAACGCAGUCCGGCAGGCAGGCAAACAGCGAAGUCUGGGGAUUCGUCUCCGUUCUCUGCGGAAUCCGGCUGUCCACCUCAUCUGUAUCUGUUGGCUUUCGUCAUUGUACAUCGGGAUUCGAGUGUAGUAGUCUACGGCCAAUUAGACAGCAGGCAAAUAUCAGCGGAACGCAACUAUAUAUAUACAGGGGGUAUGGUAUGGUAUGGUAUAUGGCCAUGGCAACGCAACAACAUCGGCAGCCAUGCCCUCCAUAUGCUUAGCAGCUGAUAAGGAACGAUAAGAGCCAUGAGAAGGGGUAAAAACCCGAUUAUCAAAGGCGGAAAGUAAACAUUGUUGGAGUUAUUUGGCAAAAACAUUCGCUAUGCCAAGAACGGAUUACUCAAUGGAGCCGGAAAAAUGAGGAGCAUUCUUGAAGAAGCUUCACUGGAAAUGAUUUCCAUUACCUGCUAUUUGUUUAACAAAUUGGUCAUAAGUGACAAUAUAGUUUUGUAUUGUAUAUUUUCAUCCUUGGCAUACAAACAAAUAGUUGCAA